UUGAGGAUGAGUGUAGUGGGGACUAUAAAAAGAUGCUCCUUGCUAUCGUCAAGGACAAGCCUAAAAAUGAGGAAUCGAAAACGUUUAAACAUGUCGUGAAAUCAUCAAAACGACCAAUUAAAAAGCAAUUGGCCACUUUGAAAACAAUGAUACACGGCCAAAAGAAAACUGAGCAAAACAAAAAACUGAAUUCUCAGAAGAAAAGAACUAAAUCGUGCAAGUAUUCUACAAAAGAAGUGAUCCGUAGCAUAUCAUCACAUGAAAGGAAUGACUCAAAAGACUCUCAAAAUGUUGUAGAUGAAAGGGUUAAUAUAUCCAUACACGAAAACAUCCAACCAGAUAACAAAACUAAAGAAACUGAAGAAAAAAACACAAUUUCA